AUGUACCACAACACCCCCAAAACACCCUCCUACUACAUGGGCGGCGUCGACGCCUACGCAAUGCCAGCACACCACCCCAAAUCGCACCCCGCGCUCGACCUCGGAGAAGAGUCCCGGCUCGCACACCCAAACGGGAUGCACUGGUCCUCGCCACACUUCGCCGAACAGAACCUCCAAUUCCUCUCCACGCUGUCGCCGCCAAUUCACACGCCUACCACCGACGACGUCUUUUCGUUCCCGUCUACAUCCACGGAAUCCUCGCCGCAUAUGUCGCAUCUUGCGGUGAGCGUGAGUGAUCGCCAGUCUACGUCUGCGUUUCAUGAUGCCGAGUUUGGGGAGGGUGAGACGGUGCAGAAGACAACGCUCCGGCGCUCUCAGAAUAGGCAGGCACAGCGACGGUUCCGCGAGCGCAAGGAGGCGCAGAAGACGGAGCUCCUGUCGCGGCUGGACGAGUUACAAGCGAAGCACGACGCCAUGGCGAAAUCGUUAGAGUCGAUGCGAUCGCGGAAUGAUACAAUUGAGAGCGAUAAGCGGCGAUUGGAGAAAGAGGUCGAGAGUCUGCGCAAGUGGCGCGAGAAGAUCCUCGGCGUGAUGGCGGAUAUUGUGCGGCGCGAUGGCAGUCUCAAUUCCGAUACGGAUGAGUUGAUGAGGCGCGUGGAGAGCUCGUGUUCGCCGGGGUGUUGGCGCAAGGGGAUGGAGUAUGAGCGCAGUUGUAUUGUUAUGCAGACGCUGCUUGGGCUGUUUGGGGAGGGGCAGGGACAGGGCCCCGAGAGGUAUCGGUGUGAUACUGGGGAUGAGGGGCGGGAUAGUAAGAAGGGGCGACGGGCUUGA